AUGGUGCUGCUGGAGAAUGACUCGUUUCUUACAGAACUCACACGCCUGUUCCAGAAAUGUAGAUCGUCUGGUAGUGUUGUCAUCACGCUAAAGAAAUAUGAUGGUCGGACAAAACCGGUUCCUAGAAAAGGGCAUCCAGAAACAUUUGAGCCUGCAGACAACAAAUGCCUCAUCCGAGCGUCGGAUGGAAAGAAGAAAAUUAGCACAGUGAUCAACACCAAAGAAGUAAUCAAGUUUCAAAUGGCGUAUUCUAACCUGCUUAGAGCUCACAUGGACGGACUUAAGAAGAAAGAUAAGAAAAGCAAAAGCAAGAAAACAAAAGCCACACAAUGA